AUGCCAAGCAAGCUUAGAAAGGCCAUUGGUGCAGUAAAAGAUCAAACUAGCCUGAGUCUCGCCAAGGUAACAAAUGCAGCAAAUCUUGAAGUCGUCAUCCUCAAAGCCACAACACAUGAUGAGAUUCCCAUUGAAGGACGUUAUGUUAAUGAAAUUGUGAGUCUCGUAUCCUCCAACAAAGUUUACGCAGCUGCAUGUGCUCAAUCUAUUGGCAAACGUAUUGGGAAAACAAGAAAUUGGGUCGUUGCCUUGAAAUCUCUCAUGAUCAUUCUCAGAAUUUUCCAGGAUGGUGAUCCAUAUUUUCCUAGAGAAAUCUUGCAUGCAAUGAGACGAGGCUCAAGAAUCCUGAAUCUUUCAGGAUUUAGAGAUGAUUCAAGUUCUAGUCCAUGGGAAUUCACUGCUUUUGUCAGAUUAAUGGCUUUGUACCUUGAUGAACGCUUAGAUUGCUUCCUAACAGGGAAGCUUCAACGAAGAAUCACCUUCAAGAAUCAUCAAAACCCUUUCAAGAAUCACAAGAUGUUCAACGAUACUGCGGGAAUAAUCAAAGAUAUGAAGCCAUCAAUGCUUCUUGACAAGAUUACUUUUUGGCAACGCUUGUUGGACAGAGCUAUGGGGACAAGACCAACUGGGGAAGCCAAAACAAAUCGUUUAGUUCAAAUCUCUCUAUACGCCGUCGUUCAGGAGACUUUUGAUCUCUAUAGGGAUAUCUCUGAUGGUCUUUCUGUUAUUCUAGAUAGCUUCUUCAAAUUACCAUACAAGGCAUGUGUCUCUGCAUUUCAAGCCUGCGUGAAAUCUUGCAAGCAGUUUGAUGAGUUAAGUGAUUUUUAUUCAUUCUGUUUAAGCAUUGGGGUUGGUAGGAGCAGUGAGUAUCCGAAAGUGCAGAAAAUAUCAGAAGAACUCUUGGAGACAUUGCAAGAGUUCUUACGGGACCAAGCAACAAGUAGCACUGACAUUAAUCUCAGUAAUCACAAUCAUUAUCGUGCUCAAUCUUCUUCUUCUUCUUCACAGUACUCACCACUCUCAAAACACUUGUUUGUUUCUGCAUUAAGGGAAAGUUCAAGUGUUCAUUUUGAAGGGUAUGAGAGAUAUGGGACACCAGAGAGUUCCUUUGAGACAGCGUCUGAAAAUGCAUCAUCUCAUUGUACAUCUUUGGAGGAUUUAAUGAUUGCUACUGAUGCUGGGAUUUUGACGCCAAGGAGAUUUGAGAUAGAUUAUGGUGAUGAUCAAGAAGAUGAGAAGCAAUCAGAGAAAAAUGAUGAUUCAUCUAGUACUUAUGAGUCUUGUUCGAAUCAUUCUUACACUAACGAUCAAACAAUGGGGUCAAGUUUAGACCUUGUCAGUCUCGAUGAGGUGCAGAAUGACGGAGACAAAGAAAAACGUGAGAAUAACGUUGUUAGUAGUAACAAUGAUAACACUAAUAACAAUGCCUCACAAGAUUGUUGGGAGUUAGUUUUGGCAGAGACAGCAACUAGCAGUACAACAGAGAAAGCACCAGCAGAUUAUAAUAAUGCCAUUGUUUCCUUGUUUGAUCAAUCUGAUUUAGCAGUGCCUCAUCAACAGUACAAUCCUUUUCUGGAAUUUGAUGAUACAACCGUUUCCCCUUUUACCAAUGCUAUAGAUCAAACACAGACAAGUUUAAUUGAUAUCUCUGAUGGUAAUCAAACAGUAAUGGUAUCGACCUUCACUGGUGAAAGUUCUAGUUUUGAUGUGGAUUUGACAUCAACUUUUGGUGACUUGAAUUCAAACACUUCAUGUGCAAUGCCAACGAGCUCUAGUUUGGAAGAUCUUACGGAGAAUAGCAUGGCUUUGGUACCUUCUUCUCAAGAAAAUAAUCAUGGGAUGAAUUCUACUUCAAUCUUUCAUUCUCAAGGUUCAUUCAAGAUUAGUCCAAAUUCAACUUCUGGAAGCAAAACAUCAAUCUUUCCUUCUCAAGGUUCAUUCAUGACUAAUUCAGCAUUAGCUUCCCAAAGUAAUGAGUUGUAUCAAACAAGUAUGGCACCAACUUUUAAUUCUCAAGAUUUUUUUAAGAUUAGUUCAAUAUCAUCUUUUCAAGGUGAUCAUGAUGCAUAUCAGAUGAUUACAAGACCAACUUUCAAUUCUCAAAACUCAUUCCAGUUUGGUUCAACAUCAACUUCUCAAAGCCAUGAUGAUUCAUAUCAAACCAGAACAGCACCAACCUUUUCUUCUCAAAGUUCAUUCAAGCUUAGUUCAACACUAUCACCCUAUCAAGGCCAUGAUUCAUAUUAUCAAACAAGCACUGCACCAACAUUCAGCUCUCAAAAUUCGUUCAAUAAUAGUGUAACAUCAGGUUUUGAUGGCCAUCAUUCAUAUCAGACGAGUACAAUACCAACUUUCAAUUCUCAAAAUUCAUUCAAGUUUGGUUCAACAUCAACUACUUCUCAAGGCCAUGAUGAUUCAUAUCAACCUAGCACAAGACCAACCUUUACUUCUCAAAGUUCAUUUAAGCUUAGUCCAACAUCAACUUCUCAAGGCCAUAAUUCAUCUCAAAUGAGCAUAGUACCAGCCUUCAACUCUCAAAAUUCGUUCAAGAAUGGUUCAACAUCAAGUUUUCAAGGCCAUGAUUCAUACUGGACAAGUACAACACCCACACUGAGUUCUUCAAAUUCAUUUAAGAUCAAUUCAGCAUCCUCCUCUCCAAGUCACGAGUCAUAUCAUUUAAGCAUUGCACCAACAUUUUAUGGCCACAAUUCAUAUCAAACAAGCUUAGAGUCACCUUUUCAAGGCCAUAAUUCUUACAUGAUGGGCACAACAUCAACCUCUGUGGGCCUUAAUUCUUACCAGAUAUGCAAUGAACAACCUUUCCAGAGACAUACUUCUCACCAGGCAAGCAUAGAACCAACUCUUCAUACCGAAUUUCCCAACCAAGUGAGCAUAGAACCAAUUUUUCAAGGUAACAAUAAUUCAUUUCAGACAAGUACUAGACCAAUUUUUCAUGGUCAUAGUUCAUCUCAAACGAAUUCAGAAUCAGCUUCUCAUGCUUGUAAUUCAUAUUUGACGAGCAAAAUGCCAUCCUAUUAUAGCAAUGAUUCAUGGCAGAUGAGCAAAGAACCGAUUUUUGAGACCCAUAAUUCAUAUCAAACAAACACAAUACCAAGCUUUCAGACCCAUAAUACACAUCAGAACACCAGCACAACACCAGGUCCAACAUUUGGAAUUCAAAAUAAUAAUCUUUCAAUGGCAGAAGCAACACCAACCAUUGUUGCAAGGAAUCCUAAUAAUGAAGAUAUGGUUCAAUCAACUUCUUGGGAGCAAAAUUUUCUGGACACAAGGGUUGAACCAACAUUUCGUGUCAAGGUUUCUAAUGAACCUUUAUUGGGAGCACCAAAGGAAGAUGAUCCGUUUGGAUCAUUAUGGCCUAGUUCAUCAUUGACAAAUAAUGAGGAUGCCCUUGACAAAUCAAUGCAAAAACUAAGUUUAGAGCAGCAGAAACAGAUCUGGUCGGAGCAACAAAAAAGGAUCAUAGAAAAGCGUUUGAAUUGA